ACAAUUUACAUCCGCAUCCUGUUCGACAAUCCUGUUGCGACGUCAACUUGCAAAAAAGUUCGGGCGUUACACACGCUCUGUGCAGCUUUGUGCGAAAUAAAACCCAAGAGGAGCAUAUUGAUAGAAACGUUAAAAAUGGAAUUCAUAUUUGGUCUCCUGCUUUUAUUUGGAGGAGUUUUCAGCAAAACGCUUGUCGCCGAGAACGGGACCGUUGAAUUUCAAUCGGAUGACUUCGCUCCUUUCAACUGGUCAAGGUCGACGAUUGAGAUGCCGGACGCUGACCCCGCUAACCCAACUGACCUAUAUGACGUCACGGAUGACAUCACGUCGUUUAAGCCACAGUCAAAUUACAUGGCAGAGCUGUGUGGAUUGAAGCGAAUCCUUCACGACCGAAAUGCUAUCCUGAUGUCCCUGUCUCGCAAUGGCCUCGCCCCUCGCGAAACCACAUGUGUGUCGGGAGUGGAGUCCGCUGCAUACUCGAACUACAUGCUGGUGAUAACCUUCAACGCGGUCUCGAUGACCUUGCCGACUUCCGGUGUCUGCAACCACGCCAGGCUGGACCUGUUCACUGGAAAGGCUUUAACACCAGCAAAUCGCUUAAACGGAGAGGGAGGUUUAUGUGGCAGCCGAAUCACGGGCUACUUCGUGACGUCAUCCAACUUCCUGACGCUUGAAUUCAAGCAGAUACUCAUGGCGCCUUCAUCGCGCCAAAGUUUUACGGCAAUCAUUACCCCGUUCAUCGUGAAUAACAUGCUCUGCGACGGCUACAACAACUGCGGUGAUAACAGCGAUGAGAAAUCAUGUGCGAAAUUAGCCCUGUCCAUCGCCGCCAUUAUCGGCAUCGCCGUCGGGGGCGUUGUAUUGGUUGCGCUGAUUAUCACGUGCAUCUGCUGCAGAUGCUGCUGCUCCCUAUACGAGAGGCUAUAA